UUAGUCUGCCGUUGUUCCACCGAUUCUCCGUGCACGGGUUGCUGUGGUUCAAGGGAAUGUGUUUGAGUUUGAAACCCGUAACAGGCGACAUAAGUUUCACCUUUUAUCGAGCUGGGAGGACGGCUACGUGUGCAAAGUAGUUAAAGACGGUGUCGUGGUGAUCGCGAUAACAAUAAUCGUCGCGAUUUCCGAUAAGGGUUACCUGCGAGCGAAAGUAAACGAGUAAAGAACGGCCCGCAUGUCGAGAGUGAUUAUCGUUUCCGGUUCCGAUAGUCGAUCCAACAUUUUUGGGCUACCAUAUGUUGCCUUCCGCGUGUGGGCGCUUAUGAAACGCACCGAGCCACCAACAGCCCGCGAUUGCUGCGAUCUACAUGGGGCAGAGACGACACGAAGAAUAACGCACGGCCCACCGGACCAUCACUCGCACUGCCCGAUUGCAUUCGAUAAAUCCCGAUAUCAUUCCUAUAUUUUGUAAUAAGCUGCAUUUAUAGUCCGGCAGUCGUGCAACGGCACCGGCUGCUUUUAACAAAGCCGGCAUGGUCAAUGUAAAGUAUGAGCGCGUGAAGCAAACGGCUGAUCCGGAUACGGGAGUGCAGGAUGGGGAAGAGAUUGAGCUGGAGCCGAACCGGGAGCAGCAGGAGCUACAGCCGGAGGAUUCGAUACAUAAUCACAGCCGCACCAACCAGUACCAUCACCAAAACCAAAGUCACCAUCACGAUGCGUAUGCAACACACCCGAGUCAGUACAUCGUGGCAGCAGGUGGCGGGAAAGACCACCGACACCGUAUGUCCACAAAGCAACACGUGGGAGCUGGUGUAUCGUCCGGAUUCAGUAAUCGAAUCGUAAUGACGCUCCUGCUUAUCGCCUGCUACUUUACGCUCUCGAUCGGGCUCACGUUCUAUCAGCGUAAUCUGCUGCAGCACUUCAAGCUACCACUGUUUGUGGUACUGUACCAUCUGGUGGUCAAACUAGUCCUCUCCGCUAUUGUCCGGAGUGUUUUGCGUUGUGCCACCAAGCGACCCCGUAUUUUGCUCGAUUUUCGUACAUCGGUGAGAAGAAUCCUUCCAACCGGGUUGGCCAGUGGCAUCGAUAUUAGCUUCUCCAACUGGGGACUCGAGCUGGUACAGAUAUCGCUCUAUACGAUGACCAAAUCGACAACAAUCGUGUUCAUCUUAAUAUUUGCCAUUUUCCUAAAGUUGGAAAAGAAGAGCUGGUCCCUUGCAGCGAUCGUGGUGAUGAUCUCCGGUGGGCUGUUCAUGUUCACCUACAAGUCAACGCAGUUCGACACUCUCGGGUUUUCGUUCCUGUUGUUUGCUUCCCUUUCUAGCGGCAUUCGUUGGACGCUUGCCCAGUUGAUCAUGCAAAAAUCAAAGCUCGGGCUGCACAAUCCGAUCGAUAUGAUCUUCCACAUGCAACCGUGGAUGAUACUAUCGGUGCUACCCUUUACCAUUGGUUUUGAGGGACGGAAGCUGAUCGAAGGAUACCAUCUGCUGUACCAGUUACCAUGGACGACUGUACUAGAUGUUUGGUUAAAGAUCUCCAUCGGGGCUUUUAUCGCUUUUGCCAUGGAAGUGAGCGAGUUUAUGGUACUCACCAGCACCUCUAGUCUAACGCUCUCCGUAGCGGGUAUCUUCAAGGAAAUUUGUCAGCUCGUGCUGGCCGUGGAGCUGAACGAUGAGCAUCUGAGCACGGUGAAUGUUCUCGGAUUGGUGAUGUGCCUGGGCGGUAUCUGUUGCCACGUGGUGCACAAAUUCCUAACAUAUCGCGCUGAAACCAGUGCCGAGUUGCCCUCACCGUUGGAUAAGGCUAGCGGAUACAGCGAGGACCAGGACGAAGACGAGGAGGAACCGAGGACGCAGGCACGUACGGGGAGUAUCGGUUCCGUUGGUAGCAAAAAUGGUAGUCUCAAGUUUGGUGUUGGUGGUGCCAGGUUUAAAAGCGGUCGCCACCAGUAUCGACCGCUGCUGGUGAAUGAUGCGCGCGAUGCUGACGACUCCGAUCAUCUGGUGGUGAUGGAGAAUCGAAACUAUCUUUCGGACGAUAGUGAGCCAGAUGGUGACAACGAUACCCAGGAUGUACUGUUCGACAUACUGAAACGGCGAGAACGAUAAUCAUUCCGAUAGGACGAUAGGGAAAGGGCCACAAUGGCGAAGGAGAAGAUCGUUGUUGAUGUUGUAAUUUAUCUACUUACACAAGACGUUUGCCGAAAAAUGGACGGACGCGGUUCUUACUACUUCUAACGCUCUGCUUCGGCCUGCACCUGUGGUCAACCGAUUGGAAUUCCAGCCUAUGUUAAGCAUGUUUUAUUGAGCCAGCUGAAUCGAAAGCGCACCGUUACCCUUUAUUAUGUUAGACACGAAUGAUAUACUUAAUUUGCUACACAAACGCUCGCAUUUCCGUCUCUUAUAUGCCAUAAACAAAGCAAUUAUGCUCUUUUACGGCGACGUCCUGACGUCGCGAAGAUUUGUGAUUUUUUUUCAGGGUAGCACCGGCUGCAUACCAUUUUCCAAUUGCAUUAGAAUAAGUUUACUUUACUGGGUGGAUGAGGAAUUAAGGUAGAAGAAUUGUGAAGUAAUGAAUGUUUGUAUAUCUAACUGAAGCUGCGCCCGGUAGCACAAUGUGUUGAGUGAUAAAUAAAAAGGUGUUUAGAUCGAUGGA